CGGUGAGUCCCAAAUGUUUCACUUGGUCUUGGGAAGCUUCAGAGCAACCUGCUGCCAUAUUCAUUGAACAUUUUCGGCAAUUAUUUACAAACUAUACAAUUUACUUUCACCAGUGAAUUUCUAAGAAGGUUCAGCCAACAUGUCCUACGGACCCGAGGACCAGGGAGGUGAGCCUUUGGGCUCCUGGCUUCACGCGCAUUCCUGCCCACGCCUCUCCCGAUAAACAACACGUCAUCCUCUAAAACUACAAAGAUGGCGGCUCACCGCGAGGUGACCAGCAGCAGCGUCCCCCUCCUGACCCCACCCCGGCCAGAUCCCACCAACUCUCUCCCGGUCCCCGUUCCGGAUCCAAGUCCCAUCAUCAACCCCAAGAGGGGAGUGGCCGCCGGGGCCACGCAGACCCAGGCCCCGCAGCCCCCGGGGGCCUGUGGCCCCCCGGGGCCCUACAGACCCUGCUGGAGCCUUGACCUGAAGGUGGCCGUGCUCCUGCUGACCGUCGCUGGAGCGCUGAUCCUGUUGCUGUUGUACAGACUGCUACGGCUGAGGCACAGGUUACAGAUGGCCCGCAGCAGGCCCUCUCUGGAAUACUACCGCUUCUACCACGCCGCCGGCUACACCCUCAAACAUCCCCCGCCGGCCCCAGCUCCACCCGGCCACAACGGCAACACACCGGAUGUUCACGCACCCAUUCAAACCAUGACACCGCCGCCAACAUCCACCUUUAUCCUCCCAUCUCCACCGGCGUCCACUCCUCCUCCUCCUCCUCCUCCUCCUCCUCCUCCUCCUUCUCCUCCUCCUCCUCUACCCCUUCUCCCCUUGCCCCCACCGCCGGUCGUCCUCCGUACUCCUCCUACACCCCCUCCUCCUCUCAUCCUCCGCCCUCGGCCUUCCCCCGAGGCCCCUCGGCCUCACUCCUCCACGCCUCCGUAUCUGACCCCGCCCGCACGCCACGCCACCCCGCCCAGCCCCCACUCGUCCUGGGGCGCGGGCUCCGACGUGGCCGAGGUGUACGCCCGCAUCGGGGCCUUCAGGCCCGCCCGGCUCUCCAGCCUCUCCGGCCACACGCAGGUCAUCCUGUUCGAGCACUCGUCCCUCUGAGGGCCCCAGGACACUCGGGCCGAUGGGCCCCUCUGAGAGCCGGGGGACUGGCUCUGUUUGACCAGGAGGGCCAUACUGCUUCCAAACCCAGGAGAACCCCUGGCCAGUAGUGCCGAUCGCCGGUGGGAGACUGUGUGACACUAUGUCUGGUUUAAACGUCAACUUCAAAGAAUGUCCUCGGUUGAUCGAUAAUCAGUGAUUGACAACAGUGUUCCAUGUUUACCAUUUUGUUUGAUGAAAUAGGGAAUUGAGCUGACCGUGAGGCAUGGUGGAAGGAUACAUUUCUGUCUUCUGAUUGGUGACUCUGCUCGUUGUUGUUGACCACUGUUCAUCUCCAGGGGCUGUACCAGACGGGAAAUAAGUCCUUUUGUGUUUGUUACUCUCUCUGAAUGUGCUGGAUUGGAUUUGGAGUCCAUUAGGGGAACAUUGUGCCAAGAUCCAUUCAUUGUACUUGAUGAAGAACCAGAUUCUGAUGAUAGACAUUAAUGGCUUUCAACGCUAUUAGAGAAAGAGAGACACUCUCUCUUCCUCUCUCUCUCUCUCUCUCUCUCUCUCUCUCUCUCUCUCUCUCUCUCUCUCUCUCUCUCUCUCUCUCUCACGCUCAUUCUCACUAUCUGUCUGUCUGUCUGUCUGUCAAUGAAGACUCAUCAUAAUGGCAUAAUGGGCCACUCUGCUGGAAAGAAAAGACACUUAUAAAAUAAAAAAAUAGUUGCUAUCACCCCCAAAGUUCCAUCCGUAAUAACUUGAGAUAUUUCUCUGUGGAGCCUCACGCUUUGCCUUAAAAUGCCUGUGUGUCGGAUUUGCAUGUUUCUGGACCUCUGUCAUCGAGUUUGCACGGCAACAGGUAUAGGGUCAAUUUAUUUUACUUAGCAACUUUUAUCUCGACCCCCUUUACUAAAGAUACAUUUUCAAUAA